CUCUCCCUCCAGCGCUCCAGCAGCUUCAAGGACUUUGCCAAGGCCAAAGUCAGCUCCCCUGCACCGAGCGAGAAGGAGUUCAACUUGGAGGAGAAUAUCCCCGAGGAUGAGUCCAGCAGCACCGUCCCCGAUGAUGCUGCACGGAGCAGCGGGAUGAAGCUGGGCAAGAAGUGGCGAGCCGUCCUCUCCCGCACCAUGAACCGCAAGAUGGGCAGGAUGGCUGGGAAAGAGAGCGGUCCCGCCUACACCGGCCCCUUCUGCGGCCGGGCCCGCGUCCACACCGACUUCACGCCCAGCCCCUACGACAAGGACUCGCUGAAGCUGCGGAAAGGGGACAUCAUCGGCAUCAUCGAGAAGCCACCCAUGGGCACUUGGACUGGGCUGCUCAACAACAGGGUGGGCUCCUUCAAGUUCAUCUACGUGGACGUCAUCCCCGAGGAGACGGCCCCAGCCCGCAAGAGCCGGGGGCCCGGCAAGAGCAAGCGGACCAAGCCCAAGCCCCUGUGCUGCGGCGCCGGCGCUGGGGACAGGGGCUGGAGCUGUGGGGGACAGGGACAAGGACAGGGGCUCAUCCAGAGCUUCUCAUAG